CCGCGGGAUAUUGUACCGAAAAGAAAAAAAGAUAGGGGCCUCAAAUGCCUUGGACUUUCAUGGGAUAGUUUCUUCUCCAUGCUGCAACUCCAAUCUUGACAUGGAGUCAGCACUUUCAGUUACAGUGCCCACAUUGGCUGUCUUCUCCAUCCCCAGAGCCUUAAACCGUCAUUUCUUCUACAACAAUUCCUCUCUCAUCGCUCGAUGCAUCCGUUCUCGUCUCUUUCCUCAGGGCCGAGGAUGUACUCUUCUUGCUUCCCGCUCUUAUUCGUCUCCACUUAGGAGCUUGUGCUCCGCUUCAGUUCCCCAACGUUUACACCACCGUUUGGAGUGCGUCGCGAGUUCCGCAGCUUAUUUUGGGGCUGCUGGCGGCGGCGGCGUUUAUGGUGGCGGCGAUGGAAGUGGUAGCGGUGGCGGAGGUGGAGAUGGUGGGGAAGGAACGGGCGACGGGGACUUGAAGGCGAAAUUGGGAGCGGGAGCCGUUGACGAGCCAUCUGCUUUAUCUCCCGAUAUUAUUAUUCUUGAUGUUGGGGGAAUGACUUGCGGCGGGUGUGCUGCGAGUGUGAAGAGGAUACUAGAAAAUCAACCCCAAGUGUCCUCUGCUAGUGUCAAUCUCACAACAGAAACAGCAAUAGUGUGGCCGGUUUCCGAAGCCAAGGUUGUGCCAAAUUGGCAAAAGGAGUUAGGGGAGGCGUUAGCUAGACAGUUGACUAGCUGUGGCUUUAAUUCUAACCUUCGAGAUUCAGGUCGAGAUAAUUUCUUCAAAGUUUUUGAACGGAAGAUGGAUGAAAAGCGUAGCCGCUUAAAAGAAAGUGGUCGCGAGCUUGCUGUCUCCUGGGCUUUAUGUGCUGUGUGCCUCAUUGGCCAUGUCGCCCAUUUUUUAGGAGCUAAGGCUUCAUGGAUGCAUGCAUUUCACUCAACAGGGUUCCAUUUGUCAUUGUCUUUGUUUACAUUGCUUGGUCCUGGGCGUCAACUUAUCUUUGAGGGUGUGAAAAAUCUUUUUAAGGGAGCUCCAAACAUGAACACUUUGGUUGGUCUUGGGGCUUUAUCCUCUUUUGCUGUUAGUUCUCUAGCUGUGUUAAUACCAAAAUUGGGUUGGAGGGCAUUCUUUGAGGAACCAGUCAUGUUAAUAGCCUUUGUCUUGUUAGGAAGGAAUCUUGAACAGAGAGCAAAAAUCAAAGCAACCAGUGAUAUGACUGGACUUCUUAGUAGUUUGCCCUCACAAGCUCGUCUUAUGGUUGAUGAUUCAAUUGUUGAAGUUCCUUGUAGCAGUCUCUCUGUUGGAGACCAAAUUGUUGUACUGCCAGGAGACCGUGUUCCUGCAGAUGGAAUAGUCAGAGCCGGUAGAAGCACCAUUGACGAGUCAAGUUUUACUGGGGAGCCAAUGCCAGUAACCAAAGAACCAGGGAGUCAAGUUGCAGCUGGAAGCAUCAACCUUAAUGGAACUCUUACAAUUGAAGUACGGAGACCUGGUGGUGAGACUGCAAUGGGAGACAUUGUUCGUUUGGUGGAAGAAGCACAGAGCAGGGAAGCUCCAGUGCAGAGGUUGGCCGACAAGGUGGCUGGACAUUUCACUUAUGGAGUUAUGGCUCUCUCUGCUGCUACUUUUAUGUUCUGGAAUCUGUUUGGUGCACGAAUUAUUCCAGCUUCUAUUUAUCAAGGAAGUGCAGUUUCACUUGCCCUGCAGCUUUCCUGUAGUGUUCUGGUUGUUGCAUGUCCAUGUGCCCUGGGUUUAGCCACCCCUACAGCUAUGCUGGUGGGAACUUCAUUAGGGGCAACAAGAGGAUUGCUUUUGCGUGGUGGAAAUAUUUUAGAGAAAUUUUCUAUGGUGAAUGUAAUUAUAUUUGACAAAACGGGAACCCUUACUAUUGGCAGACCUGUUGUGACAAAGGUUGUAACUCCAAGUCGCAUGGAUCAUAGUGAUUCCAGACAACAUUUCGAUGGUAGUUGGUCUGAAGAUGAUGUUCUUAAGUUAGCUGCCGCUGUAGAAUCAAAUACCAUUCACCCAGUUGGUAAAGCAAUCGUGGAAGCUGCACAGGCUGUGAAAAGUCCAAACAUAAAGGUGGUGGAUGGAACAUUUGUUGAGGAACCUGGAUCCGGCGCUGUAGCUGUCAUUGAUGAUAAAACAGUGUCAGUUGGGACAUUAGAGUGGGUUCAGAGGCAUGGUGUUGGCGAUAGUUUGCUUUUGGAAACAGAUGAGGAGCUUAGGAAUAAAUCUGUGGUUUAUGUUGGAGUGAAUAAUAAGCUCGCUGGUCUUAUUUAUUUUGAGGAUCAGAUCAGAGAAGAUGCCAGGCACGUUGUUGAUUCUUUGCAUAGGCAAGGAAUCAGUGUGUACAUGCUUUCUGGGGACAAAAGGAGCACUGCUGAGUAUGUUGCAUCAAUUGUUGGAAUCCCAAAGGAUAAGGUGCUCUCUCAAGUUAAACCAGAUGAAAAGAGGAAGUUUGUAAGUGAACUUCAGGAGAAUCAAAAUGUGGUAGCUAUGGUUGGCGAUGGAAUCAAUGAUGCUGCUGCCUUGGCUUCAGCACAUAUUGGAGUUGCCAUGGGUGGUGGUGUUGGUGCUGCAAGUGAAGUAUCUUCUAUUGUAUUGAUGGGCAAUCGACUGUCACAGUUGCUUGAUGCCUUGGCGCUAAGCCAGCUAACAAUGAAAACUGUGAAGCAAAAUCUUUGGUGGGCUUUUGCAUACAACAUUGUUGGAAUUCCAAUUGCCGCUGGAACAUUACUGCCCCUUACGGGGACAAUGCUAACGCCAUCAAUUGCCGGAGCCCUUAUGGGUCUGAGUUCAAUUGGGGUGGUAACAAAUUCACUGCUCUUAAGAUUCAGAUUUUCCUUACAACAGCAGCAAGCUUACAGAUCAUCACUGCAACCGCCACCCCAUGCUGCCAUGGAUAUCAACAAUGAUCUUGCGAAGGAUCAUUCAAGAGCAAAAUUGAAGAAGCCUGAUUCUAUAACAUAGCUAAGAAUAUAUUCUGGCUCUUAUAGAUGGAAUGAGCUACAACUGUAGAAAUGUUAGAAAUUAAGGGACCCAACCCUUUUUCCUUCCUUACAUUCAAAUAAGUUAAAACCUUUUCGGCUGAUAAUCUGUAAACAACUCAAUGAUCCCUUGAUUUCUUUUUUCUUAUAGUGUAUUUCAUCUUGCUGGUGAUUGAAUUUUUUAA